UGCUGGUUUAUCUCGCAUGUCAUCCGCUACUGGCCUCGGUGUGUACAGGGAUGCAUUGGAUCGGAUGUCAGAGGACCAGAUCACAUGGAUGCCGUAUAGACCUGAUAUGUUAGCAGAGUUGCCCCCAGCUGGACGAGAGCAGACUCACAUAUGGCGAGCACGUGUGCCGCUGAUAUGUUUUGACAUUGUUGAGCUUCAUUUGCCUGAUAGAGUCAUGCGACAGUUUGGGUUUGAGCAGGUCAUUCCACGUCCUAUCGACACUUAUGUAGAGCUGCAUAAGCUGGAUAGGCGUGGGAAGCAUACAGAGGAUUGGACACUCAGACAUGUCCGAUACGUGACUAUGUGGGAUAGGAGAGCUGAGCUAGCCGUGGCUGGGACACCCACAUAUGUGCCAUCAGUUUCAGGAGAUUACAUGGGAUGGUACUACAGCAUCACUCGGUUGUUU